AUGUUUUCUUUUUCUUAUUUCAUAAUAUUCCUAUUCGCUUCAGUGGACUACAUUUCAGCCCUUCCAUUCAUUCCUUCACCCAGCAGCUUCGAAAUACCCAUUACUAGAACACGAAGACACGAGAAGCGAGGAUCAGUCAGUGGUUCGAUCGGCCUUGGAAACGUCGCAGACCUAAUAUAUACGGUUCCGUUGGAGAUCGGUCGAACUACAACUGCACUACACCUAGACACUGGGUCAAGCGACCUAUGGGUUGCUACUGACACCUGCAAGACCGAGUCCUGCUUGGCCGGUGUCGCCACCCGCUUUCCAGCAGCAUCCCUCAACGACACUGGCGCCAAGGUGACGAUGCAUUACGGCGAUUCGACGACGGGGACAUUCGCGUCAGGGUCGAUUGGCACAGAUACGGUGACGGUGGCUGGGAUUGCAAUGACAGAUCAAUACUUCGCUGCUGUAGACAACACGACGAAUCCGACAGUGCGGUACGGGGCAGCGGGACUGUUUGGACUUGGAUUUCCUAGCGGAAGCUCUAUACAGAAGGCUGCUGUGAACCACGAGUUCAACAACCCUACAGACACCGAUGAAUUUGUACACGGAACCUACCUCGAUGGGCCCAUACUCCCAAGAAUUUCCAUGACGAACCAACUUCAAGCUCCCAUGUUCACUAUCACCCUCCAGCGGAAUACGAUUGACAUCGGCGGGAGUGGCUUACUCACUGUCGGCAAGCUACCUGAUGGGAUAGAUAACUCUUCUCUGACCUGGGUCCCUGUGCGCCUUUACAGUGAGCAAGACGGAGGCAUGAAGCCUCCUCGUUUUGCUCCAGGUGAAAUCUACCCAUACCGCUGGGAGAUAGAUCUCGACAGCGUCUUCCUCGACGGAAAGAAACUCCCCGAGUCAUCGAUUCCAGCGAAGGACGUAGAUGGAAAGCGUGUCUCCGCCCUUAUCGACACGGGAAACUCGCUCAUCCGAGGGCCCGCUGAUGUCGUCAAGAAUGUCUUGAGUCAAGUUUCACCAGCCUUCUCUGCGAACAAUCCCGCUGCUUCUCACGCGAUCCUUCCCUGUGCCACCCCUCAUACACUGGCUUUCCAAAUCGGUGGCAAGAUGUUCCCCGUAGACCCGCGAGACUUCAUACGUCAAAAUGACGCAGGCGAUGCCGUCAACUGUGUGGCCGACAAUCUAGUCGCCACCGAUCCUCCCUCGAAAUCUACGCUAUUUCGCUGGAGCCUCGGCGACCCGUUUAUGAAAUCUAACCUCGUGGCAUUCCACUACGGAAAUUUAACGCACCCAUCUGCCGACCCGCCAAGAAUAGGAUUCCUAUCCAUGGUCCCACAGAACAUCUCUGCAGUAUACGCUGCGGCAGUGCAAGAUGCCCGCAAUAACGGUGGCAACUUUGAAUCUACAUAUCAUGUGGCGCCCACAGCUAGCGCCGCUGCAGAAGGACAGAUCACUGUCAGCGCAUCAGCGCCGGCGUUCGCCACCACGCUUCGCCUCGCAGCUCCCUCGUCGUUCCCAACGAACGCACCCGGUAGAAGCAACUCCGGAGCCAUGAUCACGCCAAAAAUACUUCCGCUGCAGGGUCUGUUCUUUCUGUGCCUUUGUGCCUAUGUCGCGCUGUAG